AUGGUGAAUCUGGUGCAGUCAAAGAAAAAUAAGGAAUAUAGGAACAAAGACACUGCUGCUGGAAAAGAGAAAGAAAAGGAAAAGGAAAAUAACAGUUCAAAAGAUCUGAAACCAAUGGGAUUGAAAUGCUUCUUCUGUAAGAAAACUGGACAUAUGAAAAAGGAAUGCAAAAGUGGUGCAUCUAUUCAUGUGACUAAUUCUUUGCAGGGGGUUCAUGAAGAGGAGGCUGCCAAGCAAGGAUGA